AUGACAACAACAAAUACAAAUUUUUACAAUCAAGAAGAAGAACAACAGCAUGAAACUUUGCAAUAUUUCGAUAAAAUGUCAAGUGAUCUUCCAUGGAAUAUUAAAGAGAAAAGUGAAGUCAAAGAAAAGUUGGAUAAAAUGGACGAACAAAUUUUAUCAGAAAAAAUGAGCCAGUUAUCAACGAGUGCAACACAUAAAAAACAUCCUAUCAAGAUAAUGAAAGAGAUCAGAGAUCAACUUGAAAUAAUUCCAAAUUAUUUAACAAAACAAAAUAUAUCUUUCAAAGAACUUAUGCAUCGAGUGGUAUCGUCGAUAAUAACAACAGCAGCAGAAGGAUCAAAGAAAAAUGAUAAUAAUAUCGAUGAAUUAAGAAAAAUAGCUAUUUUACUUUAUAAAAUUAUGGUUAUUCAAACUUAUCAAUAUUUAUGGCAAACUUAUUUCAAAUCUGGUACAGGACAAUUGAUUAUUCCAUCUGAAACAAAACAAAAGCUAUCCUAUUCAACAACUUUACCAAUAUGGCCAAAAGAAAUAAAAACUAUUGUAUUAUCCAACAAUAAAGAUAAAACAAAUGAAAAUGAAAUUUGUUUAAAAUUUGUCAAUGAACAACUAAAUGAAUUGGAACGCCAAUUGAAGCCAUAUCAACAAGAAUUAAAUAUUCAGGCUAAUAAUUAUCAAGGUUAUACAUUGUCAAUUCAAGAAAUAAUAAAAACAUAUAUUGAAGAAAAUCUGAAUGCUUCUUUACAUAAAAAAAUUGAACAUCAAGUAGAACUGAUUUAUUAUGAUUAUCAUAUUCGAGCAUUGAAAUUAGAAUAUUUCCAACAUAAACCAAAUGAGUAUCAAAAACAACUAAUGAUACAGAUUUGUCAAAGUAAAUAUGAACAAGAAACAUCAGAACAGGAAUAUGAAUUUUUGAAACAACAAAUUGCCUAUUACAAUUUACCAAGUCAAUCAUUUGAAUGUUCAACAAUAUCUCAUGAUCCGUCCAUUAAUUCUAUUCAAAAUUUAACUGUCCGAGAAGCAUUAAUGAAACAAUUGAAAGAAGUUGCUAUACAAUCGAGAAUUACUUUAUUUAAUAUUUAUCUGAAAUCAGCUGAAGAUCAACGAGAAGAAUAUAAAACGAAACAUGAAGCUAACUUAAAGAAAAUGGAUGCAUCUAAACAUACAUUGGAUAAAAAUGAAAAGUUAUCUUCAACAUUGGUACAACUUAUUCAUGAACGUUGUAAUAAAAUUAGUGAACGUAUACAAUGUAUUUAUAAAUAUAAACGUCAAUCUCUUCCAUCGAAAUAA